AUGUCAAACCUAAAGAGGUUCCAUGACCACAAAGAUGGCUCCGUGAUACUCUGGGACAUUCGGGAUCUAAACCAGAAAGAACACAAAACGUUGCGUGUGAACAUCGAAUUUGACUACGCUUCGCACGUCGCCUGGAGCCCUGACUCGAAAGCGUUUAUCGUACACACCGUGCGCGACAAUCACAUCAUAGUCUACAAGAUUGAGAAGAAAAAGGAUGGCACCAUAGGGUCAGCGGCGCCGGUCAUCACCUUUGAUAAGGUUCAUGAGACUGAUGCAGUUGGUUUCGACAUAUCCAGCAAUGGCAAGUUUAUGAUGUCGUGCUCGUCUAACAACGACAUGGUGAUUUGGGACCUGAAGGGGCAGCAGCUAGAACGGCUCGACACGUACCUAAUGACGACACACACCGCCAAAGUUUCGCCGUGCGGCCGCUUUGUAGUCGCGACGGGCUUCGCGCCCGAUGUCAAAGUGAUGGAGGUGUGCUUCACAAAGACUGGGGAGUUCAAACAAGUGACAAAGGCGUUCGAGCUAACCGGUCACUCUUCUGGCGUCUACGACGUUGCCUUCGAUGUGGACACGUCACACAUCGCGACUAUAUCGAAGGACGGCACGUGGAAGCUAUAUCAUACAAAGAUCGAGUACACGCGUGGUGAGUCCCCACACGUGUUGGAGACGGGCACGUACCGCCAAACAGCGAACCCGCCGCACAUAGCUCUCUCACCAAACGCCGAGGUCCUCGCCGUCUCCGUAGACUCUAGCGUCGAAUUCUACGACACCUAUACAGGAAAACUUUACGAUACCGUUGAGAAUGUUUACUCUGGAUUAAUCAACUACAUGAAAUUUGAUGCAAGCGGAAAAUAUCUAUUUGUUUGCGGCGAUCGCGCUGUUCGUAUACUCCAUAAUGUAUGCGGGUACUACACAACGAUCGCCAGCUGCAUCAGGCUCCAGGGCUCUAAACAAACUUCUGCUACCAUAGAGCGACAGAAAAAGACCAUCGAGGAAUGCAAACAGGCCCUCGCGAAAUUCGGCAAGUAACGCCAUCUAUGAUUCACACGUCAAACUUUCUCGUCAGAAAUGCAUUUAUUAUUUGUUCGUAAUACUUUUAAUAUCUUUAUAUGAUUAUGCUUUACGUAUCUUUAUAUAUUUUGUGCAAUUUAUAAUUGUCUCUGUUGCCAACACGUGGAAAUGUUCAAUGAAAUUGAAGAUUAAUAUACUUAGUGUUGAAAUUUUAUGAUAACUAUAAUUGACCGGAUUUAAAAAAAAGAGGUAUGUUUUUGCUCAAUAUUUUUAGCUAAUUUAAUUUUCCUCGUACAUUGGCAACAUUGACGAUAACGUAUGAUGUUUACACGAUUAAAAUAAUGAAUGAAAUGAUUAGUUAUAUUUUGGAACUAUUUGACAUUUUAUGCGUUGAUCUCGGCCCGGGAGUAUUGUCCAAAUUUACAUUAAUGUAAACGUAAGUAAUGCAAAUAAACGUGCGAAUUUUGUAAAACUUCGUAUUGCAUGACUGACCAAUAUGUAACGUGUAUUAGGGUAACAGCAGUGGUAAUUUGCAUGUCAAUUAUAAUUAUUACUGCUAAUAGUAAGACCACUACAUAAUGUGAUGAUCGUAACAGACAGUAAUUUUUAUUUUAUUUUCAUGUAUCUCCUAUAUACUUGUUAUGGUUCCUAAUCUUAAGAUCUACACGUCCUUACAUGGUUCCUCUUACAGGUAUAAUAACGCCUUUGUACGAAUAAAAUCAACAAAUUGUUCACUUCAGGAGUCACUUCUUACUCAGUGUGACAAUAUUUUGUGUCGUUGUACCAAAUAGACUUCAAAUAACAAACCGCCUGUCAAAAACAAUGCUCAAUUUAAAAUAAACAGUGUAAUACCAUGGCCGUCUCCGGCUGACCAAAACUACAAAAAAUCAAGGACAACAUAGCUUAUGACUGGUCUUGUAAUUUAUAGUAUCUCUAAUUCUACAAGCUCUAGCGAAAAUCCAAAUUUUGAUCGUCAAUGAGGAAUGACUUCCACUUUUUUCGAACUUGAGAUGCAAAUGACUGUUGGUUUAUUUUAAAGCUGCUUGUCUAGAG